AUGAACAAUCUACCCCGCGAGUUGAACAGCCGCAUCCUGGAGGAGUUUGCAACACCGGGGGACGACAAUGACUGCAAAGACAAAUAUGGUGUCGCGCCCAUGGUACUUCGCUCUUUGUCUAGAGUGAACUGGACAUGGAACACCAUAGUUCGCGAUACGAAGACACUAUGGACGCAUAUAGAGCCUCGGAUCGAAAAGGACACCUUGCCAGAGGAUAUAGCUUCGCAUAUGAUGCAUCAGUUCGCCGCGUAUGACACCCUGUCGGCCGGACUUCCCCUGCACGUUCGCUUCGAUCACGAGCACAUCUUGAUCCUGCACACAUACCUCCAGAAGUUGUCUCAUCGAUGGGAUUCAGUGCAUGUCAUAGAGGGCUACGACCCCGUGUGGCGCCAGAAACGGGAUGCAUACUUCAGCGAACGCGCAAUGACGCUGUUCCCGUGCACGAGCCCUACGCUAGCGACGCCAGCACAAGCCUUCAGCUUCAUGGCGGCCUUCAUUCCUGACUGCAAGCACCUCACGGUAACGCUGCGAGGCGAGCGCGCCCUGCGCGCCACGCGAGCCGAGUACACUCGGCUGUACUUGCCCAUGCCACCAACACUCACAUCCUUACAUCUGCAUGGACCUGGUCUCCUGGAGUGGCCUUCGCCGGAAGUGAUGCUUGAGACAUGUGCAGCAACGCUGGAACACCUUCAGCUGGGCAUCGCGGGUCGAUGGACUCCCCGCAGCAUCACACUUCCAAAGCUGCGAAUUCUACAUCUUCACGAGUCUAACACCUUCGAUCCUGUCAACCUGCGCAUGCCAGUGGUAGAGGUGAUCUGGCUAGAUCGGGCACACGGUGCCUCUGCAAGCAAUUCAGCGGAGUGGCUACGUCGCGGCCUCGCAGAUGGGCGCAUAUCCCCACAGUUCCUGCGCCAUCUCAAGCUAUGCAACAUUCGCAUAGAAUGUCAACGGGACUUCGCUGAGAUUGUCGCGCAUACCGUGAAUGUGAAGAGGGUCACUCUCAUAUACGAAUGGGAUGACCCUGACCGGCAAGUCAGCCCGUGGUGCGACAGAUUCGUCAAUGGGCUGGCGGACACGACUCUUGGUGUUCGGCUUCCGGAGCUGGAGACCCUGGUUGUUGUUCGUAGGAGCAAGUUUUUGACAGGUGGCAGCACACGAACCGCAUUGUGCAAGCUGUUAGGCGGCACCAACCGCCCUCGACAUCUUGCUCUACUGAUUACAAACGUGAACCUUUAUCCUGGAGCUGAAGGAUGGUGCCGUGAUAUAGAUAGACCUCUGCAACUGAAGGAAGGAAGGGUCACUACUGAGGCUCGACCUUACUGA